AUGAACUUUCCCCUUCAAUUUUCACUGAACACACCCCUCCCUAGUGCUCAAUCGCGCGUGAUCGUGACGAGAAACGGUUAUGGCAGGCCAGCUGUGUGCUAUCUGGUGGUUUUCUUGAAAAGUUCAUACGAACUGUUAUUAAAGGUUGCGCUGCCCGUCGGGGAGUCCAUGCCAGCGAUGAAAAAUAAUUGUGCCGACAUACGGCAAGCAACAAUUGAGUGGUUUCAUACCAAUCAGCGCCGCGACCUACCGUGGCGACAGACAUUUUCCGACACAGAUGCGUGUCAUCCGGUGGUACCCGUUGUUACUCCUCUGACUGAUCCCUAUCAUGUGUGGGUCUCAGAGGUGAUGUCGCAGCAAACGCAGAUGGACACUGUCAUUCCCUACUUCAAGCGAUGGAUAGCGGUCUUUCCGGAUAUUGCCACUUUGGCUCGAGCCACAGAGGCGUCUGUCAUGGCGGUUUGGUCGGGCAUGGGCUAUUACCGCCGCGCGCUGUACUUGAAAAAAGGCGCAGAACAUGUCAUGAAGCACUUUGGGGGCUCAUUGCCAACUACUGCGGCUCAGCUACGUGCAAUCCCUGGUAUUGGCCUCUACACUUCGGCGGCUAUUGCUUCCAUUUGCUUUCGUGAAAGAAUUAUUUCAGUGGACGGUAAUGUUGUGCGUGUUUUGAGUCGGUUGCGCUGCGAGAGAAAUUUUGACCCCAAGUCCGCCAAGAGUAUCAAAGAAGUAUUCCACUGGGGGCAGGAAAUUAUGGGGGAGGGUCCUUGUGACCGCCCCGGGGACUUCAACCAAGGCUUAAUGGAGAUUGGAGCGAGGGUAUGCAAACCGUCCGGCAGGCCGCUUUGUGAGGAGUGCCCGCUUCACCGUUAUUGUGGGGCAUACGCCGCAAUGCAGAGCGGUGAGAUACCUUCCAUUGAGGGCGUCAUUCCACUGAGAGCGAAAACACUCAAAAAGAAGAAAGAGCAUGUUUUUUGCUUAGUUCAUGAAUUUCGAGAGAAAACGGCGGGUGACAGUGCGUUGAAGCGGCGCUUCAUUGUUGUACGGCGUCCAGAAGAAGGGCUCUUGGGCGGUAUGUUGGAAUUCCCCUCCAGGACGUAUGUUUCUUCACCUGAUGGUGGUACUGACAUAAAAGGGAGCAGAGACGUUACCGAUGAGUUGCGCAAGAAACUUGCUGCUGGACACAAAAAUGUAGUGGAGGUCGGGCAUGUUCAGCACAUAUUUUCCCACAUUGAUAUGCGUGUGCUGGUCUAUCACGCUGUCUGGGAUGGGCCGUCGUUAGAUUGUGGUGGCUACACGAGGGGCACGGACCCCAGAGUUGCUGCUCGACGCCCUUCCGAAGAAAAGAUAUGCAACGCCCUGAGAAGAGAGCUUUGUCUGGACUCUUCACGCAUUUCCGUGAAGACGGAGGAGGAGAUAAAGGGUGCUGCUGCUAGUCGCUUGUUGCUGAAAAUACUUGACAAGCUAACUCCACUUAAUUCCGAAGGGAGGGUGCGAAAACCAUCAACGAGGAAACGACCUAGAUUGGCCGGAUAG